AUAUAUGUGUAUUUUGGCUUUGUGAUUAAUUUUCGCGACUCGCAAGUUUGACCCGGAAGUAAACUGUACGCUAGCAACUGAAUUGUUUACAUGAAAUGGUGGAAGAUUUAAAUUUGACUUUAAAAUAUCAUGUCUCAAUUUAUUAACACCAACACUAUUCCAUGUGAAAUUUCACAAGACCAGGACACUUCGUUUUUAAAUUUAAAUGAUUUAUCGAAUGUUGGGAAGUUACGGUCUUGGCGAACAGCAUUCUCACUUUCAGUGUGACAACUGUUGCGGCCAAAAUAAAAACAACAUAGUCAUCUGGUACCUUCUGUGGAGAGUUCUUGUAGGUUUACACAGAAUCAUCACACUAAGCUUUAUGUUGAUAAGACAUACAAAGUUUACACCAGAUUGGCACUUUGGCAUCUGGAAGUCAAAGUGGAGAAACUUCAUUGCAGAAAUGUUGUCUGAUGUCGCUGCGUCUGUGGGGUUAUCGUCAAGGACAGGCCACAACAUCCCCCAGCUUGUGGGGGACUCUUCCAAUCCUGUUGUUAUCUAAGACAGGAAGGAUUACUUUACGACAUUGUUUCACCACAUAAAGAAUGUCACCAAAUUUCAUCAUUUUCCAUGUGUCAGCGGAGCAUUCCGGUGUUGUGGAAUGCAGGGAAUUUAGUGACUCAACAGUAGUCAGAAUCACUCUCAGGAAGGUCUCGAAAGUGAAUGUUAAUGUGAGCUGUGACAACCUGCCAUAAGAAAUGUUUGCAAAGGGCUUGAUCUGGACCAUCAGUGAUAUUUAUUUGAAAACAUUCGUGAAUUCUGUCGCAUAGAUGAAACAAAAACUUGACAUGUCCGAAACGCGCUACUGGUGAGCAACAAAAAACAGACUUUGCCCCCCCCCCAAAAAGAAGAUGCAUUAAGAUGCGCAUCUGAUCUUCUCUGAUGGUGCCACAACAAUUACAUACAUCAUGUAUCAGUGUUUAUUUUGGCCAAGGUAUUGUGUGAUAUAUUUUCCCACAAACAAUGCAAAAAAUCCUCUAUUCCUAGGAAAGCUAAAACAUGUAUACGAUUGCUAAAUGUGUCAGUUGAUACAGGUUUUGAAAUGUUCAAUGCAAACUUUUGUUGUUCUAAUUGCACAAGCUUGUUUUCAAGUUUUGUAUAUCUCAUAUUUACAAAACAAAAAUCAUUUUUUUCCAUGUAGAUCUAACCAUGCAAUUGUUUUAACCUUAUGGACGCAGACUGCCUAUCAGAAAAACUGGAAAAAAAUCAGUGUGAAUAUUGUAUUUAUUUAUGUUUUACAAUGAAAAUCCUAUAUUUUUGUUUGUUUGCUACAUUGUUUCCAUGGUAACAAAAACAAACAAUUUUUAUGUUUAAGUAAUUGUUUAUUUUGUCUAUUUUUCUCUAUCAGAAAUAAUGAUAAAUACUGAUUAUUUCAUUUACUGAAACAUUUAGUAUCCAAGUGUACUUUCAACCAACACUUUUCAAUGCUGUGUUUUUCCAUUAUGUUGUGUUUGAGGUUACAUUAUACUUAAAUACACAUGUAACUGAAUAAAAAAAGGAAAUUGUUCAUGGAACACACACAUUAUUGAUUGUUAUCGUUUAACUAGUUACAAAACAGUGAAAUUAAUGUUGUGUUUGCCUUUAAACAAACACUUGAUUGAAAAUACAAUUCAUAGAUUUAUAAAAGGCGUGAUUGUGUGCUCUGGUGAUUAUUAACAUGUAGAUUGGUUACCAUAGCAACACAAAUGGUACAUUUUAAAUGUCCAUAAUGCUGUUGUCAGUUUAUUGCACUAUAAUUAUGUAUUUGACUAAAGGAAAGAUUAUUGUUUUAAUAAAACAAUGUGCUUGUUGUUUGAAAA